AUGAUGGAUAAGCAACCCUUACGGUUUCUAGCACUAACUGUGUGCACUUUUUUGAUUAUUAGGGGAAUUUCGAUUCAAAAACUUGAAUUUUUCCUUUAUCUAACUCAUUGGACCCUUUUAGCAAAAACAUUGACUUUUUUGUGCUUUUUUAGAGAAUUAGGAAGUGAGAAUUUUAGAAAAGUCUUAUUAUCAAUAUCAUGGACUAUGGGUCUUAAUGUUACUAUAUUAUAUUGGGCUUAUGCCUACCCUCUUACAGCCUCGCCAGAUUUUGAACUAUGGCAUUUAAUUCUCACUCAUGGAGGAGUGUUUUUAUUUUUAAUCCCAGAACUGAUCUCAUCUACUAUAACCUUUGUUAAUAAAGAUUUCUUAGGACCAGCAUGCAUUUCCGCUGUUUAUAUGUUUUGUGUUGUAAUCCCUUCAGCUUAUUUAGGUGUUAUUAUAUAUCCAGGAUUGACUUUCACGAACUUGCUCAGCUAUAUAGUGGUCAUAGCUAACUUUUGCGUCUCUUUUGGUGCUUUUUCGAUUGGAAAACAUAUUUGUCAAAAGUUUAUGAAGAGUCCAAAGGAAUUAAGUAAGAAAUUGGAAUAA